UUAUACGUUUCAACCCUAAGGCUGUGGCCAUGCUGGAGCACCGCCAAUAGGGACGAUAUAAACUGUUAGGCGUUUUCAUUUAAAUAUCAUUAAUAAUGGUUUCAAAGGCCAACAAUUUACAUCGAUCCCAGUGUCCCGCUGGUAUUUAUUGUAUCGACGCUGAAAGACGAAAGGCGAAGUCGACCUCAGCGGAAUUUGUAUUCAGAACCUAAAGCCAGAAGGAAUGCCGUUAAACAUUUUGUCUGGCGUGCUAACGAUUCAGCCAGCUCGAUAUGUAUUCAUUACAUACAUAUAUAAAUUUGUAUGUUCGUAUGUAGCGAUUGCAGUGUGGAAGACAAAAGUUGGCCAUUUAGAAACGCGCAAAAACUGUGAAACUUCACAUUUAUGGUGUCGGAAUUUUCUUCGCUUGAAAUUGCAACCUGGCCACUGGCAAAAAAGUGUGCUGCAUAUGUUUGAAAUAUAAAAACAAACACUUGCUAUAAGUCUGUAAAUUUUAUCAAAAUACAAAAAUAUUGGAAUAUAUCUGCUAUACUUAAUACCGUGCCAUGAUAGGACAGUAGAAGCUACAGUCUUUGUCCUUCACAUAUGACAAGAUCGUGAAUAAGUUUCUAAAGAAAAUUUAGAUAUCGAGCUCCGAAUCGAGUAUGUUUCUCAGAAGGAACUAUUACUGUUGUUAAAAUGAAGGUGGUAGCUAACAGAAUCGUUAGCUCGCUGAACUAAAAUGCUUGGCAGCAUUUCGUCUGUCCGCAUGUUCUGAGUUCGAAUUCAGCCGAAGUCGACUGUGCCUUUUAUCGUUCGAGGUCGCUGAAAUAAGUUCCAGUUGAGCGUGUUUAUUAUAGAAAGUUUUACUUUUUAUAUAAUGUUUGUAGGAGAGUAAGUAGUAAUUGAAAACUCGCUACGAGAUUAGUGGGCAGCAGGAGAAAUUUUCAGAGAAAUAAUUUCCUUAGAGCAUAUUUCGGCCCAUUAAUUACCGGUGCCUGCAGACACAGAUCGAAACACAUAAACGAAUCCUCCUUUAACGAAUUUCACCGAAUUUUUCAAAUGUUGCUUUUUCAUUCGCGCGCGCGCGCGUGUUACAUAGUUUUACCGAGUUAAAUCGCAUGUCUUGGAACCAAUUAUCGACGUAAAUUGAGGUAUACCCGAACAUAAAUGAAGAACGAAGUGCAAAAAAUGAUAAAUUCCGAUUUGUCAUUGCGUUUCGUUUCGUUUACAAUGUCAAGUUUUACAUUCCAUUGUCUUAUUUCUGGUCCAGUUGAAUCCGCGCCAUUUAACUAAGACUUUUUUUGUCCGCCAAAGAAAUCAGUUUGAAGAGAUCGGAAAGAGAAGUCAUAAAAAACAAUAAGCUUAUGCAGAAAAACAGAUUGGCUGAUGGCACUGGUAUCAAAGAAUCAUUUACAUCAGACAAAUCAUGUAAAGAGGACAGCAUAAUAUUGAAGCAGAAAUAACCUUGUGUGUAUAAAUCCAUCGGAGAAUUUAUGUGAAAUGUUGCUUCUUAAGAUAAGAAAAGCAAAAAAAUCUUUACUUUCAGCGUCUAAAAUAUUACAAAAUGAGUUUGCAUACCGCUCCUAACUAAGAACAUUUGGAUAAUUUGACAAAGGCUCUUGCAUCAUCUUCAGAUAUCAAUGGCAAAUUGGUGUUGACGAAAAAAUAUAGCAGUAGAAAUAUAUAUAUAUAUAUAAAGAACAAAUUAUAUAAACAAAAACGAGAAGGAAGAUAUUUGUAUCAUGAAUUUGUGAGGAAGAUAAAGGACUGAGUUUAACUGAAAAGAUGUCAGAUGAGGCUGGAGAAUCAUCAUAUGACUGUGAUAUCUGUAAAAAGUCAUUCUCUCAAAAAGGUAACCUUGUUAAGCACAAACGUAUUCAUACAGGAGAGAAGCCAUAUCGCUGUGAUAUCUGUGGUAAGUCCUUCUCAGGAAGUAGUGACUUAACUAAGCACAAGCAUAUUCAUACCGGAGAGAAGCCUUAUCAGUGUGAUGUCUGUGGCAAAUCAUACACUCAGAAAGGUAACCUAAGUACACACAAACGAGUUCAUACAGGUGAGAGACCAUACAACUGUGAUGUCUGUGGUAAAUCAUUCUCUCUCAAUCACCACCUGAUUGAGCACAAACGCAUUCAUACAGGAGAGAGACCGUAUCAUUGCAGUAACUGUGGUAAGUCCUUCACUCAAAGUGGGAAAUUAACUACACACAAAUGCUUUCGUGCAGGAGAGAAGCCAUAUCAUUGUGACAUGUGUGGCAAAUCGUUUGCUCGUAUAAGUACCUUGAGUAAACACAAGUGUACACAUACAGAAGAGAAGCCAUAUCAUUGUGAUAUCUGUGGUAAAUCAUUCUCUCGAAAUGAUAAAGUAACUUUGCAUAAACGUGUUCAUACAGGCGAGAAGCCAUAUCACUGUGGAGUCUGUGGCAAAUCAUUCUCUGGAAGUAGUAACUUGACUAAACAUAAGCGUUUUCAUACAGGAGAGAAACCAUAUAGUUGUGACAUCUGCGAUAAAGUGUUCUCUCAAAGUAGUGACUUGAGCACACAUAAGCGUAUUCACACAGGAGAGAAACCAUAUCACUGUAAUAUCUGUGACAAAUCAUUCUCUGGAAGUAGUAACUUAAGUAGGCACAUACGCAUUCAUACAGGAGAGAAGCCGUAUGAUUGCGAUAUCUGUGGUAAAUUAUUCUCUCGAAACGGAGACUUAACAAAACACAAACGUAUUCAUAGAGGAGAAAAACCAUACAGCUGUGAUAUUUGUGGUAAAUCAUUUUCUUGUAGCAGUGAUUUAACUAAACACAAACGAAUCCAUACAGGAGAAAAACCAUAUAACUGUGAUAUCUGUGACAAAUCAUUUUCUGGAAGUAGCAAUUUGAAUAAACACAAACGUAUUCAUACAGGAGAAAAACCACAUCACUGUGAUAUCUGUGGUAAAUCAUUCUCUGGAAGCAGUAAUUUAACUAUACACCAACGUAUUCAUACAGGAGAAAAACCAUAUCACUGUGAUAUCUGUGACAAAUCCUUUUCAAAAAGUAGUAACUUAAUUGCACAUGUAGCUAUUCAUACAGAAAAGUAACUGUAUCCGUAUCAAACUUAAUUACAUCAUACAAUUAACCUUUCAAAAUGUUUCCUCCUGCUAAAAUGGGGACUUAACCUUUUGGGCUUAAGAAAUUUAUCAUACUUAUCAAGCUUCUCUUUUUGGGAUUGUUUUACAAUCAUUUUACCUAGCCUGACAUGUUUAGUUGUCUUUUAAGACACACAGGAAUAUAUACAGUUUGUUAAAGCUUUUUCCUUUGAGAAAAAUAUCAUAAGUAACCAUAAAUGUAUUCACACACAAAAUGAUGUAUAACAGUGUGUGGAAACACUUCCGAAAACUAUUUUAUGUAUAUAUUUAUAUAUAUAAAAGUCAUAAAUGACAGAGAAAUAUUAAGAUCAACUUUUAUUUAAUUAAAGAAAAAGCCAGAUAUCAUGGCAAAUUUCUUUCGUUACUCAAAAACAUGCAAAUAACUUAUAUUACCAUAUUUAAUAAUUAAUAAAUUACUUACAUAUCUGCAUUAUUGCAAAAUGCAAACAAUUUGUUCAAAAUAAUGCAGAAUUUGAACUGUGUCGUCAGGUGAAAGAAAGUCUUUACAAAUUUGUCUUGAUAUGUGGAUUUUUCUUUUGUUAAAUAAAAGUUCAUAUCUUGUA